AUGAACAGAAGAAAAGAUUUUUAUCUUUGUAAAUGGUAUGCUGAUAUAAUUGAUGAAGAAACUGAUGAUGUAACAAUAAUUUAUCUUGGAGAAUUAGAAUGGAAAUUUUUGAAAGUUAAUUUUACAAAUAUUUUACAAUUUAUUCAAAAACAAACUCUAAUAUCUCGAACAACACUUUUAAAUUAUAAAAUACCAAUAUUUGAUGAUGAUUGUUUCCAAAUUAAUUCUAAUGGAAUGUCUGGUGAAUGGAAAAGGAAAAGUGAAUGUAUUUUUUGUGAGAAGUUAUUUGAAAAUGCCGAUGGAUAUAUUUUAUGGGAAUGUUUUAUACCAAAUGGAUUAGCACAAAUAAAUGUUAAUAAUAAAAUAAAUAAAGGUUUGGGUUAUGUAGAAAAAUUAACAAUGACUUUAAAACCUUGGCAAGUACCCAUUGAUAUUUUACGAUGGGGAAGAUUUUUAUAUGAAAAUCAAUAUAUUAUUUGGAUUCGUUGGAUUGGUAAAGAAGAAAAAUUUCUCAUUUUUCAUAAUGGAAUAAAAUAUUUCGAUGGAAUUAUUAAUGAUGAAAUGAUUGAAUUUGGAAAUUAUCGUUUAAUCUUAUUAGAAAAAUAUAUUUUACGAAAUGGAUUAUUAAGUGAAACAAUAUUUGAUAGAUUUGUUUGGAUUAAAAAGUUUUUUCCAUUCGAGUUUCUUGAUAUAAAUGAAUGUAAAUGGGAAACAUGGAGUGAAUUAUAUGAAAAGAAUUGUUUAAUUGCAAAAGGUUGGUCUAUUCAUGAAAAUGUAAAUUUUAAAUCGGAGAUAAACAAUAAUUUUGGAAAAAUGUUUUAUGGAUUUUUAUUUACAAUUUUAAUUCCAUUAUUAUUGAUAUUCUGGUCAAAACAAACAGACAAAUAUAUUGUUCUAUCAAUACCAACAACAAAUUCAAUUGUUGUUUCUUUACUAUUUAAUUUGUUUGGAAUAAUUUUAAUAGUUUUUGCCAUGUUAGAAUUAUGGUUUAAAGGUGAUGGACUUCCAAUGAAUGCAUAUCCACCAUCAAAAUUAGUCAUGACAGGUGUCUAUAAAAUCUUUUCACAUCCAAUUUAUAUUGGAAGUUCAUUAAUAUGUUUUGGUUUAUCAAUGUAUUAUGAAUCUAAAAGUGGAUUUUUGUUUGUUUCUCCUUUAUUAACAUUAUCUUGGAUUUCACUUGUUUAUGGUUAUGAAAAUGAAGAUUUAAAACAACGAUUUAGACAAGAAUAUACUUGGAAAACAUUAUUAAAUAUACCAGAAAAUGUGAAAAUGAAAUGUGAAUAUGCAGAUAUCAUAUCGAUUUAUUGUUUAGUUUUUCUUCCUUGGUUCAUCUUCUAUGAAAUUCUUCUGUUUAUUGAACCACCUUCUUAUUCAAUAUCAACUUAUUUUGAAUUUGAGCAUAAUAUUCCAGUUAUUGAAUGGACAGAAUUAUUUUAUGUUUUUACUUAUCCUUAUGUUCUAUUUUUACCACUGAUUUUAGAAACAAAACAACAAAUUCGUUGUUUUAUAAUUGAUAGUUUGAUGAAUAUGAGUAUUGGAAUUUAUUUACAAUUUAUUUUACCAUUUGUUGCACCACCAAAAGAAUUUAUUCCAAAAACAAUUUUAGGUGAAAUGUUAUUAUAUGAACGUUCUUUUGAUGGUCCAGGAUGUGCAUUUCCAUCAUUUCAUGUUUCUUGGGCAUUUCUAUCGGCAUAUUAUUAUUCAUGGAUUUAUUCGAAGUAUACUUUUAUAUUUUAUAUUUUAUCAAUCUUAAUAUCUCUCAGUUGUAUAACAACAGGAAUGCAUAGUAUUCUUGAUGUUGUCGGAGGUUUUUUGUUAUUUUUAAUUUGUAUUAAACGAAUUAGAUUAUGGCUUUAUAUCAGAAAUUAUUUUGAGAAUUUAGCAAAUUCAUGGUCAUGUUAUAGAAUUGGUAGAUUACGUAUUAUUAAUUCAAGUUUUUAUGUGUUUGUAAGUGCAUCAAUAGGUGGAUUGAUUAUUUUUUCAUUGAUUGGAGAUAUUUCUGGUGUAUUAUUAAUCAAUUUAUUAUCUUUAUUUAUGGUAGCAGUGUGGGGUGAAUAUAUUGAAAGAUCAAGUGGAUUAUCUCGACCAUUUGGUUAUUUUGGUUUUAUCAUAGGUGGUGUAGUAGGAUCAUUGAUUGUUUCAUGGUUUUAUAGUAUUCCUCUUAUUCGAAUAUUAUCAGCAUAUGCAUUAGCAAGUCCUUGGAUACAAGGUGUUGGUCGUUUUCGAUGUAUUAUCCAUGGAUGUUGUCAUGGUAGAUCAACAAAUCAAUUUCUUGGAAUAUUAAUAACUAAUUCACAAUCACGAGUAUGUUCUUUAUCAAAAUUAAGAAAUGAAUAUAUUCAUAUAACACAAGGUUAUUCAAUAUUAUCAAAUCUAAUUAUCGGGAUGUUGUUAUGGAGACUUUGGUAUUCAAAUAUAUCAUUAUAUGUGAUAAUUAGUCUUUAUUUUAUUUUAAUUGGACAAAGUCGAUUUAUUGAAGAAAGAUUUCGAGGUGAAAUUCAAACAAAAGUGUAUUGUAAACUAAAAUUAUAUCAAUGGUUAUCAAUUUUAUUUGUAUUAGUCGGUAUAUUUCUAAGUAUGAUAUCAUUUGAUAAUGAUACAAUUCAUAUGAAUUUUCUUUGUAAAUAUGAAUAUUUGAUCCCUUCGAUAUUAUUUGGAUUUAUUGCAACAUUUGCAUUGGCAAUAGAUUUUCCUGAAUCGAAAAAGAGAUUUUCUCGAUUAUCUGAUUGA